CUACAGAAAAAAAAAGUUUGUAAGAUCUUUAUUAUGUCAACUACUGACUGCAACUCGCGCGCGACAGAGGGGGCUUUACUUUGAAAGCGCGUACCGGAAGUGUGAGGUUGUUAGAGGUAGUUUGAUGCGCGUUCAUGCGGAAGCAGGUCAGCUGCUUGUUCCAAACAACUACUUGAAUUGGCGGUGCUGGAUCCUUGUUAGCCCACGGGAAAGUGUUUUCCAAUGAGCUAAUUCCAGUUGUCUGACACCGAAACAGCUCAUGUUAGCUAGGUGGCGAGCCUCUGCGUUUAUUCAGCUAGCCAGAGAGGGUCUGAUCCGGCUCACAGCUUGGAGCACCCUGCUAGCUAAGCAGCUAAAUUAGCAAGAUACACUGGAAACAAAGUAAGGUUAAGACCAGUGUCAUCAACCAUGGCAGGUGGAAUAACAGAGACUGGGGAACCCUACUCUGCAUUUGUGGGGCUGGUGUACAUGUUCAAUCUGAUUGUGGGAACUGGAGCUCUAACGAUGCCCAAAGCCUUCGCUACAGCUGGUUGGGUGGUCAGCUUAGCACUCAUCUCCUUUUUAGGAUUCAUGAGCUACAUGACCACCACUUUCGUGAUCGAGGCGAUGGCGGCGGCCAACGCUCAGCUGCGCUGGAAGAGGAGGGAGCAGGAGGAGGUCGACGACAGCGACUCCACCUCCGAGUAUUCGGAUGAUGAUGUCAUGUGUCGAGGCCGAGCAGAGCCGGAGACGAAGCCCAUCUUGUCUGUUCGUGAGUAUCAGAGAUCAGGAGGUCACGUCGAUCAUUUCGACAUCGUGGAGCGGGUGGAGAUGGGUCAAAUGGCCUCCAUGUUCUUCAACAAAGUUGGUGUCAAUAUGUUCUACAUCUGCAUCAUAGUCUAUCUGUAUGGGGACCUGGCCAUCUACGCAGCAGCUGUGCCUAUAUCACUAAUGGAAGUUGCCUGUGGAAACCACUCCUGCAGCGCUGGAAGUGUGAAGUACAACGACACUGACCCGUGCUGGGGCUCUGUCACAAGGAAAGAUGCGUACAGGGUGUUUCUGAGUGUGUUCACCGUUCUGUUGGGACCUUUCGCCUUCUUCAACGCUCAGAAGACCAAAUAUCUUCAGAUCCUCACCUCAUUCAUGCGCUGGAUUGCGUUCACCAUGAUGAUCAUCUUGGCUCUCAUCCGCAUCGGUAAAGGCACCGGUGAGGGCCACCCCCCUGUCGCCUCUCUCUCUGGAGUCCCCAACCUGUUCGGGGUGUGCGUCUACUCCUUCAUGUGCCAACACUCCCUGCCCUCCCUGGUGACGCCCAUCUCUGACAAGAAACGUGUCGGCACCCUGGUGUUGGCAGACUACAUCCUGAUCCUGGGCUUCUACGUCCUCCUGUCGUUCACCGCCAUCUUCUGCUUUGACAGCUCACUGCUGCACGACAUGUACACCCUGAACUUCACGGACAACUGCCACGUGUUAGAUAUCCCAGUGCUGCGCUACUUCUUGGGCUUGUUCCCGGUUUUCACCAUCAGCACCAACUUCCCCAUCAUUGCCGUCACGCUUCGCAACAACUGGAAGACCCUGUUCCACCGGGACGGAGGCACCUACCCGUGGGUGGUGGACCGCGUUGUGUUUCCCCUCAUUACCCUGGUGCCCCCGAUCCUAGUGGCCUUCUGCACCCACAACUUGGAGUCCCUGGUGGGCAUUACAGGAUCCUAUGCUGGCACAGGGAUCCAGUACAUUGUCCCAGCCUUCCUUGUUUAUUACGCUAGACGCCACCUGGAGCCCGUGAUGGGCAGAGAUGCCAUCAACAAGCACCAGUCUCCCUUCCGCCACGCUUUCUGGGUGUGGUUUGUUUUGCUGUGGGCCGCCUUCUGCCUCAUGUUCGUCACGGCCAACAUCAUCCUGACUGACACCAAGAAGUGAGAACUCACUGCCCCCAAAACUUUCUUUAUCUGUUUGGCCAGUUUCUUUGUUCCUGAACACGAGGCCUUACUCGCUGCUGGUUGGACGGUGUGCCUUUUUACGGGACUUUUGUUGCAUAAAUUAAAUGUAAUUAACAGUAAUUUAUCACAUUUGUUAAAAGGGACCAAAUGUAAAGUGUUAAUGUUCCAUUAUAAAAGCUGGAACAGUGCAUGGAAGUAAUGAAAGGGAGUUUAUUAAAAGGAUCUUUUGAAACACCUGACAGAGGUUUUCACAGGAUUUUGCACAAAUAACUUUCCAAAAAAAAAAACAAAAGGGUUCAGUAUAAUUCAAAUGAACCGUUUCAUACCGAAGUGUUGUACAUGUAUAAAGUGCAAAAGCUGUCGGACACAGGGACAGGGAGUGUCAGACGCUGUCUUACUUUGCCUCACUCAAACUCAAACUGUGGGAAAGUUAGUGCUGAAUGAUCCACUGGACCUUCAGGCCGGAACGUUCCAAUAAAAAUAUAUGAACGCAAUCGAAAGAGCCGAGCGGCGGCAAGAAGAAGAGCCUGUCACAUCCCAGACUCGCAUCCUGCUGCAGAGCUGCUUGGCAUCUGCACAGCUCAGUAAUGAAAUUGGAACAGAAACAGAAACCAACAGAAGAAGAGAAAAACAAACAGAUCAGGGACGAUCGGUCUUUGGUGGCUGAUGUGUAUCCAUCCCUCGGCCCCGUGUGAACAAUGAAGCUCCAUCCGUGACAGAUAGGCCUCCAGGAAGAGCUCCAUCUCUGUUUAUCACCAGACGCUGGCGCCUGUAGUUCACACGCAGGGCAUGUCUCCCGUCUUUUACUGCUCAGCACCCGUUCAUGACUCUGUCAGGCUCAUCCUGUAUCUAUCACACGGCCCAGCACCUGACAGGAUAAUCCUGAUCUACAGUGCUUCAGCUUCAGCUAUGGGGAAAUCUUCAGUCGCCCAAAGGGAAGGCUACUACUGGGCCAACUGUCACUGCACAGCUUCACCCACCACUCUCUGUGCAGUUAGUACAGUUCAGUGAUACUGGUUUCACUGGCGGCUUCCUCUCUGAGUGGUGCGUCUGUUUCCACCUCUGACCCAUCGGAUGGUUCUGUCUCACACUACAGAAACACGUUUUCCUGUUUGUCUGAUGUGAACUGACCCUUUACACUUCACCGAUGCUCAGCUUUACCUCACCAAACUCGAGGACAUUAUGGGAUGUUAGACGUGUGAGACUGGAGCUGGAUGACGCCGCACCUGUCAGACCGUGUGUGAAGUCUCCUUUCACUUCCCACUGCAGUGUGAACGUUUUAGAGUAUGUGAAGGUGAAUGAGUGAAGGAGGAGCGCUUUGAAAGCACAGCUGUAGUUUGAAAUCAGCGCGUAAUAAUGGAACGCGUUAAACGGUAACCAUAGCAACCGUUACCUCUCUCCGGUGCAGCUCCACUAACAACGAGAUCAACGAGAAACACUUGAAAAAAAGGCUGAUGUGUGGCGUGGUCAGAGACGUCCCGUCAGAGACGUCCCGUCAGAGACGUCCUGUCAAAGACGUCCCGUCAAAGAACAGAAUAGAAACGCUCUGUUGUUUCUACUUGUUUCUCUCCGUAAUGUUCUUUAACUUAUUUGCUCUUACAUUAUAUCAUAAUAUGAAGCAACAUUUCUGAGCUGAUUUGACUGUUGAUGCUACCUGUUCUGUUCUACCUGUUCUGUUCUGCCUGUUCUGUUCUGCCUGUUCUGUUCUGCCUGUUCUGUUCUGCCUGUUCUGUUCUGUUCUGCCUGUUCUGUUCUACCUGUUCU